AUGUCCCUAUUUGGUACAUCUCCGGAGGAGCCCUCCGCAACGACUUCCGCCCAAAGGUCCAAGUCGUCGCUCUUCGCCGACGAACCGUCCGGCGCUUCCCCAUCGCUCUUCGCGGAUGACGACGGCGACGAUAGCUCCUCGCCAUGGAAUCAGAAUAACACGGCAAAGCGACCAGCUCGCCGGGACAUUGCACGGACCUUACUGCCAGCUACUGAUGUCCCAGAGAGCUAUGUGGAUGCUUACGACCAAAUACUGAACAGCGGGGAUAGGGUCGGCUCUGGCGUUGGGUUGACUUCUGUUCGCGAGAUUCUGUCGAGCAGUGGGAUAACUGCGUCGGACCAAGGCAAGAUCCUCAACCUGGUUGUUUCUUCGCACCAUGAAAGCUCAGGCGAGCUGGGUCGUCCCGAGUUCAAUGUCUUACUGGCAUUGGUUGGCCUCGCGCAGGAAGGCGAAGAUCUAUCAUUCGAUGCAGUCGAUGAUCGCCGAAAGAAGCUUCCGCAACCAAGAAGCGGCUUUCUAGAUCAGCUACGGACCACCGAUUCGUCGACUGACCCAGCACCUGAGCCUGAACCUGAACCUGAACCUGAACCUGAACGGCCGAAAACCCCACCACAUCAGCAAACGCCGCUACAAGAACCCAAUUCCGCACGGUCUCGACAGGUUCGCCGCGAAUCAUUGGGGGGUCUGGAACAAGACCCAUGGGGAAGUCCGGAGCUGCACCGGAAUCACAACCAUGCGGCACCUGCCGUCGAGCAGCCUUCCUUGAAUGGAUAUGGAAGCAUGCGCUCCACCACCAAUGCAUGGACAAGCAGAACAGUGGAAGAUACAAGCCAAGGCAAUACGACUCAGGAGCAGAGCAGCAGUCGGACCGAGACAGUAGCUCCAAGCAGCGCUGGAUCUGGAUGGGGUGGGCCCGUCGGGCCACCCGGUAACGACCCUGGAUUUGGAGUGCCCGCCGGUCCUGCCCUGGGUGACUUUGGAGUCCCUGCAGACGCUGCUGCUGAUAUGGCACCCCGACGCCGGUCGCUGGGUCUUGCUCGCACGACGAAUCCACAAGUCGAAGAGACGGUUACCAUUAACCUUCUACAAGGGAAGGAGGGGAUGUUCAUGUUCCAACAUCGUAAUUACGAAGUCAAGUCUGCGCGCAGGGGCAGUACUGUAGUCCGGAGAUAUAGCGACUUUGUUUGGCUUCUGGAUUGUCUUCAAAAGCGAUUUCCUUUCCGCCAAUUACCCCUGCUGCCGCCUAAGCGGGUCUCAGUCAAUGGUACUCACCUAUCAGCGGAUUCCUCUUCCUUCCUGGGGAAACGGCGCCGCGGUCUCAUCAGAUUCACCAAUUCCCUCGUUCGACACCCUGUACUCGGACAGGAGCAGUUAGUGGUCAUGUUUUUGACCGUACCUACCGAGCUAUCUGUCUGGCGCAAACAAGCCACUAUCUCCGUCCAAGAUGAAUUCGUUGACCGUGUUCUUCCUCCCGACCUCGAAGAUUCUUUGCCGGCCGACCUCAAUGACACAUUCGAGACCGUCCGUGGUGGAGUCAAACGAUCAGCGGAAAUCUAUAUUAAUCUAUGCACCCUCCUCGAACGACUGGCCAAGCGGAACGACGGCUUAGCUGCAGAUCAUCUGCGAUUCUCUUUGGCGUUGCAGUCUCUGACCGAGGUCACCAAGGAUACAUACUCAGUUGACACGAAUGAUGUCCCAUCUCUAAAUGUGGGUAUCACCGCAACCGCUCGGCAUCUCUCUGCCAGCCAAAGUCUGCUAGAGGAUGAAGCGAGAGCGUGGAGUGAAGGUGUACUCGAGGAUCUGAAGCGACAACGAGAUUGUCUGGUAAGUGUGCGGGAGAUGUUUGACCGUCGGGACCGAUACGCCCGCAACAACAUCCCGCAGUUGGAAAAGCACAUUGAAACCAAUGAACGUAAGCUGCAAGACCUUCGGACGCGGCCGUCGGGCACCGUCAAGCCCGGUGAGAUUGAAAAGGUGGAGGAUUUCAUUUUCAAGGACAAAGAAAGCAUUGUGCAGCAGCAUGCGCGGGGAGUGUUCAUCAAGGAAUGUAUUCGCGAUGAACUUAUCCACUUUCAGCAAAGCCAGUACCAUAUUAGUCGCCUACACCAGGACUGGAGCCAAGAACGAGUGAAAUAUUCCGAAUUGCAGGCGGACAAUUGGCGGCGAUUGAGCGAUGAAGUGGAAGGUAUGCCGACGGGAGAAUAA